AAUUAUAACACGUUGACUGUGAAGAAAUGAAAAUCUAGAGAGAGAGAGUAUAUUCGACAAUAUGUAAAAUUGGAGGGCUAAAUCGGCAUUAACGGCUUAAUUAAUUUUUCUUUAACCAAAACACUUUACCAUACAAUUUGUCGUUUUUCAGAUGACAAAUGCCUACUUUUACAGUUUUACUACUAUUAUGAAUCAAUCAAUGAUUCUUCUCUCUCUCUCAAUUGUGUAAUCUAGGUUGCUCAGAGCUCCAGGAGAUCCCCUAUACUUCCAUCUAUAGCCGAUUCUAUCGCUCUACUAUCUAAUUUAGCAUUCUCUUUCUCUCAAAGGCAUUUGUCGUUUGUUUUUCAAUUAUUUUGUUUGAUUUUUUUUUUCUUCUGUGAAAAGCAUUUUGUCAUCAAAUUUGAUUCCAAAAAGAUUCAGGACAGAUUCGUCCUAUAGGGUUUCUUUUGCGGCUGAAAUCAAGUGGAUAAAAAGCCGAGGUAUUAUCACAGAUCGGAACUCUAAUUGCAGUUGUCAGUUGAUAAUCUGUUGGAACUGAACAGCGUCUCAUUUCUAUCGAAAAGCAGCUCACUGGUAGUAUUACUCCGGAUUUCGGUUGGUUUACUGCAAAAUCGUUGGAUUCGGGUUAGAUUUGCUGCAGUUUGGUUUGUAGGUGUUGGAGAUUUUAAUUCGUUUUGGAUUUUCAUGAGUGAAUUAUAGGGGGUCCUCUGCUGCAUUUGUGGAGGAUCCCAAAGUACUGCUGUUUUAUCGACAUUUAACCGUGAAUGGAUUUCUGAGCAAUGUACACAAAAAAAUUUCAUAGCCGUCGGAAUCUUGAUUGAUUACAUAGUGUGGGAGAAAGAGUUGUAGUUUGGUUUGCAUUUUUCUCUAGAGCUACCAAUGCAAGGAAACAUGUUUGGCGGUACGAAUAGUGAGACUAACAAGCAUGGGACUGUAGUGAUGCCUACUCGAUUUGUCUGGCCUUAUGGGGGAAGAAGAGUGUUGCUUAGUGGCUCUUUCACCAGGUGGCAAGAUCAUGUUCCUAUGUCGCCGAUGGAGGGUUGCCCCACCGUAUUUCAGGUUAUCUACCCGUUGACGCCAGGUUACCACCAGUACAAGUUUUUUGUUGAUGGUGAAUGGCGCCAUGAUGAACACCAACCAUAUGUAAGCGGAAAUUAUGGAGUGGUGAACACCAUUUUCUUAGCCAGGGAAUCUGAUACGAUUCCUCCAAUUUUGGGCUCUGAUACUGCCGGUAGAUCUCGCAUGGAAGUUGAUGGUGAUCCUUUUCAGCCGGAGGCCAUUUCAAGUUCAUCGCAGGCUGAAGUGGAUCUAUCUCGUGAUCGUGUGUCUACAUUUUUGUCCGCACAUACUGCUUAUGAGUUGCUCCCAGAAUCUGGAAAGGUGAUCGCCUUGGAUAUAAAUUUACCAGUGAAACAAGCAUUUCACAUUCUCUAUGAACAGGGAAUUUCUGUUGCUCCUUUGUGGGACUUCUGCAAGAGUCAGUUUGUUGGAGUUCUCAGUGCAUCAGAUUUCAUUUUGAUACUCAGAGAGCUUGGGAAUCAUGGAUCUAACUUGACUGAGGAAGAACUUGAGACACAUACAAUAUCCGCCUGGAAAGAGGGGAAAACACAUAAUCAACAGGGUUCUGGAUCAUAUUUGAGUCGUCUUGUUCAUGCUGGGGCUUACGAUUCUUUGAAGGAUGUUGCUCUGAAACUUCUGCAAUCUAAAUUCUCUACAGUUCCUAUUAUUCACUCUUCAUCACAGGAUGGGUCAUGUCCUCAUCUCCUACACCUCGCUUCCCUUUCUGGAAUACUUAAAUGCAUAUGCCGACAUUUCAAGUAUUCUUCUAGCUCCUUGCCCAUUCUUCAGAAACCAAUAUGUUCAUUUCCUUUGGGUACUUGGGUUCCAAAAAUCGGGGAGACUAAUGGAAAGCCAAUUGCAAUGCUAAGACCAAAUGCCCUGUUAAGUGCUGCUCUUUCUUUGUUAAUCCAAGCUGAUGUUAGCUCCAUACCUAUUGUGGAUGAGAAUGAUUCUUUGGUGGAUAUAUAUUGUCGCAGUGAUAUCACUGCUUUGGCAAAAGAUAGAGUGUAUGCACAAAUUCAUCUUGAUGACUUGAGUGUCCAUCAGGCCAUACAACUGGGACAAGAUGCAACCUCUCCUCGUGGCUUUUUUAAUGGUCAGAGAUGUCAGAUGUGCUUAAGAUCCGAUCCUUUGCACAAAGUAAUGGAGCGGCUCUCUAUUCCUGGGGUGAGAAGAGUCAUUAUAGUGGAAGCUGGGAGUAAGCGCGUUGAAGGCAUCAUUUCAUUGAGCGAUGUGUUCAGAUUCUUGCUUGGCUAGAUGAAGGGACUUCCCAAGAAGGGGUCUGGUCAUUAUGCAAGUCAGUGAUCUUCACAUGCUCUCACAAAAUGAGGAAACAGUUCUGUGUAAAUUAGGACGAUUCGCUCGAUUUUUCUCUAUAUAUUGAAUUUUAGUUAUCCAUCUGCUGCCGGCAUAGCCACAAAAUUUGCUAUUCCCAUCGACUGGAUGCAUUCGAAUGGGAAUAAGUUUGUAGCACCUGAUGAUGAUGAUGAAGAUGGGCAUGCAGGUGCAGUAAUGUCCAUAAAAAAAGGUUGUUAGCAUGUAAUUUUAGUCAUGACAAAAAUGAUCAAUCAUCCAAUUCAAUUCUCAUUGGAGUCUUUGGUGGUAUAAAUUGUGAAAGAAAAAAAUUUAAUCAAAUACUAAUAUCUUUGUAUA